AAGAAAACCCCAAAAUAAAGACCACUAUUAAGGUUGGAUUAUUGAUCAACAUAGUCGAAAAACUAAUAAUGUCAAUUUUCCCAAAGAAACUUUAAGAACAUUCAUUAAUGUCUCCAGUAUAAUGGUUAGACUGCUGAGUUACUAGCCAACAAUGGAGAACAAAAUGGAAAUCGAUAAUUCAAACCCUAAACAAGAAGAAGAGAAAGGAAAUGGGAAGAUUUUGGUAGUGAUAAUGAUGGGUGCACCUGGUAGUGGUAAGUCCACCUUCUGUGACCUUGUCAUGGGCGCCUCCUCUCGUCAAUGGGUUCGAAUUUGCCAGGACAACAUUAAUAAUGGUAAAUUGGGAACUAAAGCUAAAUGCUUAAGCAAUGCAGUUGUUGCGCUGAAAGACAAAAAAAGCAUAUUUAUUGACAGAUGCAACUUGGAUAGAGAACAACGUGCCGAGUUUGUCAAGCUUGGCAGCCCUGAAGUGGAUGUACAUGCUGUGGUGCUUGAUCUGCCUGCUAAGCUCUGCAUUUCACGGUCUGUUAAACGUACAGGACAUGAAGGAAAUUUGCAGGGUGGAAAAGCUGCUGCAGUUGUAAACAGAAUGCUACAGAAGAAGGAAUUGCCAAAGCUGAGUGAAGGAUUUUCUCGAAUAACCAUUUGCCAGACGGAACGUGAUGUAGAAGAUGCUAUUACAACAUAUAGUAGGCUUAAUGCACAGGAUACUCUUCCCUCAGGCUGCUUUGGCCAGAAGAGCCCAGAUGCUAAGGUCCAGCUUGGUAUAAUGAAGUUUUUGAAAAAGGCAGAUUCUCCUAGUUUAGGCCCUGGUCCAAGUGAGACCCGGAGUUCUCCCUCUAGUCAAUCAGUGAAAGAAAUUAAAGCCCACAGUGAAGGGUCAAAACCUGAUUGCUUUAGAGGUGCCAGUAAUGAAAGGGAGCAGGGAGAUCAUAUGAUGGUGGAGUCUGUUGCUGACAUCGCUGCUUCGACAAACUCCGCUGAUGGUUCUGCUUUCUUGGACAUAGCUCCUACCCUAGCUUUCCCUUCAAUUUCAACAGCAGACUUUCAGUUCGACCACGAGAAGGCUUCUGAUAUUAUUGUUGAGAAAGUAGAGGAAUAUAUGAGUAAGAUAAGGAACGGUAGACUUGUUUUGGUGGAUUUGACUCAUAAAUCAAAGAUCUUAUCUUUAGUUAAGGCUAAAGCUACAAGAAAAAACAUCAAUCCUGAAAAGUUCUUCACAUUUGUGGGAGACAUUACUUGUUUAUAUAGUAAAGGAGGCUUACGCUGCAAUGUAAUUGCCAAUGCUGCUAAUUGGCGACUAAAACCUGGAGGUGGGGGUGUGAAUGCUGCCAUAUUUGGUGCUGCGGGCCCAUGUCUAGAGGUUGCAACCAAAGAAAGAGCCAAAACGCUUUCUCCAGGAAAGGCCGCAGUCAUACCUGUCCCUGCUAAUUCACCUUUGUUUAUUAGAGAAGGAGUCACGCAUGUAAUUCAUGUUCUUGGACCUAAUUUGAAUCCUCAAAGACCAAACUGUUUAAAAGAUAACUACGAUGAAGGCUGUAAAAUCCUCCGUGAGGCUUACUCAUCACUUUUUGAGGGUUUUGCAACCAUCCUUGAGACCCAAGCAGUGUAUACCAAAGCAGACAUUGGAAAAUUCUAUUCAGAGAAGUCUGAAUUGCGGGACCACAGAACGCAGAGAGAUGAUGAUGCUUCUGAGAAGAAGAUGAAGAGAGAGAAUGUACAUGGCGAAGAAAGAGCUAAGAAGUACAAGGGACUAAAGUUUGAAGCUGGAUCUAACACCAAUCUGGGGAACGGGAAGGAGCAGCAAAAAGAUUCAAAUAGAAAUAUUGGUGCUUCUAAAGCUUGGGGAUCCUGGGCUCAUGCUUUACAUAAUAUUGCAAUGAAUUCUGAGAAGCAUAAGGGGGACGUGCUAGAGAUAACCACUGAUGUCGUUGUACUGAAUGAUAUGUAUCCAAAGGCAAAAAAGCACGUUCUUGUGCUUGCACGUUUGGAUGGUCUGGAUUGCCUCAGCAAUGUGUGCCAAGAGCACCUUCAGUUAUUAAAAAAAAUGCACCAAGUAGGCAUGGAAUGGGUUGAAAAGUUCAUACUGGAAGAUGAAUCGCUGAUUUUCCGCCUUGGUUUUCAUUCGAUUCCAUCAAUGAGACAGUUGCACCUUCAUGUCAUCAGCCAGGACUUCACCUCGCAGCAUUUGAAGAACAAGAAGCAUUGGAACUCCUUCAACACGGAAUUCUUCCGAGAUGCAGUUGAUGUCAUUGAGGAAGUUGAGAGAUUUGGUAGUCCAUCAAUACAAGACGAGAGCCUUCUAUCAAAAGAACUGCGAUGCCAUCGUUGUAAGAGUGCUCACCCUAAUAUACCUCGUCUGAAAUCACACGUAAACAAUUGCCAAGCUCCCUUCCCUGCCACCCUACUUCAAAACGGUCGUCUUGUCCAAGGACCAACUAGAGCAGAUGCAAACUCGUAAAUAUUCCAGUUUUGGUACAUCGAUUGUGAUUUUGUCAUGUAUAUGGGUAAUGUUAGUCACUAAGCUAAUUAAUGGUCGUGGGGUGGUUUGUGGUGUUCGGAGGUGACAGACACUGGCAGUAGACAGUUCGUCGAGGACCAUAAUAGGGGCAGGUUAUUUUACAGAAGAAAACCCAAUUUCAAAAUUGUAGGCUAUGAUGGAUGAAGGGCAAAAUUACAUAAUUUUGAUUGUUGUAGCCUGUAGGUUGUUGGAAAAUCUUGUAUUUUGCCGUCAUGGAAUAGAUUCCUUCGAGGUAAAUGGUAAUGGCUGAACAAUUUCGUUAUGACCUAACUGUAAUUCGGACUAUAUAUACGAACAUUACCUAAGAACCCUUAGGUCAUUACUUAA